AUGGGUGAUUUUGAUGGAUCAUUGCUUCAGCAAACUCUUCCCGAAUAUUACAGGCGACUUUUUCCAUUCGAAUCUUUCAGCAAAUGGUUAACAUAUGGCAAAGACUUACAAACUUCAUUUCAAAUGCGAGAGUUAGCAUUUAUUUUUGAAGACGAUCGGCAUGCACGAUAUCGUAGUUUUGAAAACAGUGCUGAGUUCGAACGAGAAUUGUGCAAAGUAAAUCCACAAAAGAUCGAUAUUGGUGCAGUUUAUAACUAUAAACCGAAAGAGCAUAAAAAAUUUGCUGAUUUUCACCCAGUUGAACGUGAACUCAUUUUUGAUAUUGAUCUAACUGACUAUGAUGACAUCCGUACAUGUUGCUCAAAAGCAAAAGUGUGUAGGAAAUGCUGGAGAUGGAUUUCUAUUGCAGUGGGCGUUUUGAAUCAUCUGCUGCAAAGACAUUUCGGUUUUAAGCACUGCUUAUGGGUAUUUUCUGGUCGUCGCGGUAUUCAUUGCUGGGUUGCUGAUGCUUCUGCACGGAAGCUUCAGAAUGCUGGUCGAACAGCAGUUGUUGAGUAUCUAUCUCUAGUUACUGGCGGUCAGAAAAUUUCGAAAGCAGCAACAAAACGUACGUUUGUUCACCCUAUGCUGGAAGACGUGUAUAAAUACUUAGUGCAAAGCUCAGAUGUAAACGAACUGAUGUUGGAACAAGGCUGGAUGAGUGAUGAUGGAUUGAUGUCUUUAUUAGAUGGUUGUGCAAACGAAGAAGUUGAGAAGGAAAUCAGGGAAAUUAUAAAUGAAGUGAAAACUGUUGAUUGUUUGAAGAAAAGAUGGAAUGCGUUACGAAUAAAAUUCGACAAAUAUAAACGGACUGAACUUAAGAAAAGUGGGAUUGAAUUAUGUGAAGCAGCCAGUCUCCAGUCAUCAUUCCAUUUCCGUGGUUACGUGCUGCAGCGUACAUAUCCUCGUCUGGAUGUUCAUGUUUCUACAGGAAUAAAUCAUCUGCUCAAAGCACCGUUUUGUGUGCACCCUAAAACUGGACUCAUAGCUGUUCCUAUUAAUCCAAAUCAAAUAUCAGAUAUAAAUCUUGCAAAGUUACCUCGUAUAGAGUAA